CCUACCCACUGCAUCUGCAACCAAAAUGGAAAUGGUAUCACCAUCACCAAACUCAGACCUAAAUCUGUUCCGCUACUCUCUGCUCACACUCUACCUCAUCACUCCUCCCACCUUCAUAUCUCUCCGAUUCCUCCAAGCCCCAUAUGGCAAGCACCACCGUGCUGGGUGGGGCCCCACUUUAUCCCCGCCGUUGGCCUGGUUCCUGAUGGAGAGUCCCACCGUCUGGUUCAGUCUCCUCGUCUUCUCCCUCGGCCGAAAUCGUUCCAACCCCAGAGCCCUAGCCCUGCUCUCCGUCUUCCUCUUUCACUACAUCCACCGCACGUGCAUCUACCCGCUUCGCCUCCUCAAAACUCCCAGCCGGAAAGCCGGGACCGUUGCUAUCGGUUUUCCCAUCUCCAUCGCGCUGAUGGCCUUCGCAUUCAACGUCCUCAACUCCUACUUGCAGAUGAGAUGGGUAUCGCAUUACGCGGAUUACGAGCACGAGAGCGGUUGGUGGUUUUGGGGGCGGUUUUCGGUGGGGCUGGCAGUAUUCUUGAGCGGUAUGGCGGUGAACGUGCGGUCAGAUUCGGCGUUGAUGGCGUUGAAGAGGGAGGGCGGAGGGUAUAAGAUACCGAGGGGAGGAUGGUUUGAGGUGGUGAGUUGUCCCAAUUACAUGGGGGAGGUGGUGGAAUGGGUGGGAUGGACGGUGAUGACGUGGGCCUGGGCUGGGCUUGGGUUUUUCUUGUACACUUACGCCAACUUGGUGCCUAGGGCACGGGCAAACCAUAAUUGGUACUUGGAUAAGUUUGGGGAGGAUUAUCCCAGGUUUAGAAAAGCUGUUAUACCUUUCCUGUAUUGAAAAAUAUUUUAAUAAAAUUUUAUGAAAAAUAAGUGGUGUUUUGUUU